AUGAGGCAAUAUCUGCUUCCACUGCUACUGCCUCUGCUCUCGAUAGCAGCUCCAGUGUCUGGCGCUGCUUUGAGCCGUGGCAGAACCAUUGUUAUAGCCCCAGCCAGAGUGCGGCAGCAGAUACCGUUAUCGUCUACCAGCGCAACAAUCGACAGAAUCUCCUCGUUAAGGGGAGGAGCUUCAUCACCAGAGCUUCCCUUUAGUUUCCUCUUCCCAUUGGACGGACGAGAGCUCGUUGCCCGAGCAGCAUGUGCCUUUUACAUGGGCCAGGCAUCGACAUCAUGGCUUGCGCCACAUCAAACACCAGAUAAAUAUGGCCUAACCACUAGCACUCUGAACGUUGCCUGUGUGCGAAAGCUUGCAGCGGCAUAUCUGGGCGGUGCCAUCAUGAUGUAUGGAAUGCUCGUUCAGAAAUGCACUCCCGAAACAGCUGUAGGAUCAGCCUCUGUGGCUUGGAUGGUCGAACAGCUCAAGUCCAGGCUCUAUUUGGAAGCCGAAGAGAUUGGAAGACCUGUGUUAGGAGAAUACCUGGUGGCUGCUACAGCGACGCUGACUGCGUAUGGGACUCUGUGGGAUUUGCGCUUUGCCAGCCCCGUCAUGAAGUUUUCAGCCGUGUCCAUGCUACUGAAUGGUUUGGCCUUUUUUGCAGCCCCUGCUUCUGUAUGCCGACUAUGGGGGAUACCGGCAGGAGUCACAGCUUCGCCCAACAACAAGAGUGUAUACAUGCAGCAACUCAAAGAGUACAAUGAAACUGUCUUUCUUCAUCGGUAUAUGGGUGUAGCCUUGGCAUUCAGUGGAAUCAUGCAAGCCGUUCUAGCUUGGAAAGGAGAUAUCUAUGAUGCAAUCGGGUACUCAUUUGCUUGCCUGUUCGCAGUCAAUUGCUGGUCCUUUUUGAAAACCAGUGACUUCAAGCGACUGGCUCGGAUAUCUCUUUCAGUCCAAGCCAAGAUCGACUUCAAGAAGCGGCUUUCCAAACUCUUCUACCCCCUCUUCCAUGCCACUGUAUGCGGCACCCUUCUACUGGGAAGGCCUGCGGCCCGUUAG